UCUUAUUGUAUAAGUUCAAUAUAAGACUAUAUUUGUAUUUACAAUAAAAUUAAAUCGUAUAUACGAAAUAAGUAUAGUUAUAUUAAGAAGGGAUUUCAGACGUUUAGGUGCUUGUACUUUCAUUCAUAUAAUGCAAGCAUCACGAUCGGUCGUAUGUAAAGAUUUAAAUUUUGCAAGAAUGUGUUUUCUUGUGAACUGCUUAAAAAGACUGAAGAGUUCGCAACAAUGGUUGAGUCGUCAAAAAGCAGAUCCUUACGUAGAAAAAGCUAAAAUAUGCAACUACAGGUGUCGAAGUGCAUUCAAAUUGUUGGAAAUGAAUGAAAAAGCAAACAUACUUUUCCCUGGACAAACGGUCAUUGACCUUGGUGCUUGCCCCGGUUCCUGGACACAAGUGGCAGUUCAAAAGACAAAUGCUGAUGGAGUAGAUUCUUCUAAGCCUAAGGGCACGGUCCUAGCUAUCGAUAAAUUACAAAUUUUCCCAAUUAAGGGAGCAACAAUUAUGAGUAAUAUGGACUUCUCAACUAUAGAUGCUCAUGAUAAAGUUAUAAAAGCUUUAGAUGGUAGACAAGUGGACCUCGUCUUGUCCGACAUGGCUCCUAGUGCUACAGGUGUAAGAGAAUUAGACAAGGAUAGGAUUAUAGGUCUAUGCUAUAUGGCAAUCCGAUUUGCAGCCCUAGUCACAAGGACAGAUGGCAACUUAUUAUUUAAAGUAUGGGACGGUAAAGAAGUUCCCAUAUUAGAAAUGGAUUUAGGACGAUUUUACAAAAGUAUUAAAAUAAUGAAGCCCAAAGCUAGUAGAUCUGAUUCAUCAGAAAAGUUUAUUUUGGCUAGAGGCUUCAAAGGUAUUCAGAGGCCACUAGAAAAUGGUCAAUGGGGUUAACAAUAUUAUUAUAUCUGAUAAUAAUAUAAUUUUCCUAUAAAAUAUGAACUAUAUUUAAUAUAUAGCGAGUUAUAUAGUUUAGUGAAGACAAUAUAAUUAUGACAUUAUUUAAUAUGUUAAAGAGAUUACAAAUGUCUUCCACUUAUCUGUAGAGGUUUAGGAGUAUAUGUGUAGUGAGUAUGCAUAUUAAGUAAGUACAAUUUAUUAUCUUCUAAAGUAUGAGCUUAGUAUUAACUGCUCAUAUGAGUUGAUUGAAAUUUCGCUUUUAAUAAUAUUUCCUACUUUUUUUUCUUUUAAUUAAAGAAAAAAAUUGAAGCAGGAAUUAAAAUCUAUUUAGAAAAUUUGUAAUUUAAAUGAACUAAAAUAGGUGCAAGACCAAAAAUAUAACUCAAUUUUGUUAAUUUUUAAGCUAUAAAUGAAUUAAUAAUGUUACGAAUUGUACAUAUGUAUUGUUAAAAUAUAGUUUUUCAUUAAUAAGCAUUGGUGUAUUAGGUAAAAUAAAAGUCACAUUUAUAAAA